GUUGGCCAUCAAGUAGCCCUAAGAUCAUCCGGAGUCAAUGCUAACAAUAAUGCAAAUGGAUUCACUUUUCUACAAUCAACAUUUUCAGACAUUAAUGCUAACUUGCAAACAUCAGAGGUAUUAAACCAUAGUUAAAACCUAGAAGAAAAAAAAUAUGUUAAUUUUGUUUACUCCAUUUUAUCAAUCUUAUUAAAUAAUUUAAGUUUAAUUUUUCACAUUAAUUUUGCAAAAUAUCCGUAGACUCAAAAUUGCAAUAUUUCAAAAUUCUGAAUUGUCAUGUUUUUUUUAAAUAGGAUAAAUGUUGUAUGUUUAUAAAGUAUUACAACAACAUUUCUCGAGAUGAAAGAGCAGCUUUUUUACGUGACCUUGCAAAAAAUUAUGGCAUUCAUCCAGAAAAUGUAGUCACUGUUGCAAAGACAGCAGUGGCUGUAAAGGUAUGUUGUUUGCAUAAAUAUACAACUUAAAAUUCUUUGAAAAAACAGCAAGGUAAGGAAAUACUCCUAACUUGUUUCCUUUUACAAAUUAUGUAAAUGUUAUAAUUACCUUAAUAAAAUUUUGAUUUUUUUAUUCUUCAAUUAGUUUUUACAAAUUGAAAAAAUCUUUUGACAUUUAUGACUAACAAGUAUGCCUGCAAUUGCUUACUUUAGGACAAAGGAGAUGUUAGCCUGUUAGCUUCAUCAGAGAAACUGCGGUCAAGUCUAAAACCAAAAUUCAAAACAUUAUUUACACAUAUUGGAAGGGUAGAUGGAGGAGUGAAAUUUUUGGUAGACUGUCGAGCUGAUGUCCUGGUAAAUGCAAUUUUUAAUAAUUAUAUCAUGCACUAAUACGUUUGUUUGCUCUAAUUAUUUUACAAAAACAAAAUAAGUUUAUAAAAAUGUAGCUUCUACACGUAUACCCCUUAAUAUUGUUUUUAGGAUAAUAUGGUAGAGACCGUGCUCAAGCUUUGUGGAUGAAAUAUUAAGAACAGGAUUUGUAGAAAUUUGAAUGACAACAUGAGAAAAUCAAAUCAACAAUUUGGCUGAAUGCUUUCCUCUUCAGGCACAACAAACACACAAAAAAACAAGAUAGAAUCAGACAAAAAGGAAACAUAAUAAAUUGUAGAAAGAUCUAAACAGCAAGUUUUAUAUUGUUUUAUUGAUACAAAUCGGUCAUGUCUAAUUCAUAUUUAAAUCUAUUAUGGAGACAUUACCAAGGAACAGUUUAAUACAGUUACAGUCUAAUGAUUUUAGUGAAAAGUUUAAUAGAAAAUGCCAAAGUUUCAAAAUGUAAAUACGAAAUCAAUAUAAAAGGGAAAAAUUAAAGUACUUGAGUGACAACAUGCAGCAAUGUGGUACAUAUAAUUUGAAUUACUUAAUUUCCAUUCCUUAUUCUUGCUGUCAUAUUAGGGUAUGAAAGCAAGGCUGUGAUGAAUACAUUCAAUGUGUCUUAUGUUGCCUUCGUUAAAGUGGGAUGAAGUGGGACGAAGUGGGACAUUUUUUUCCUUCAAAAUUUUGAAGAUGCUCACUAAAUCUUAUCUGACAGUCUUCUUCCUGUCUCACCUAUAUAACAAGAGUAACACUUUCGGCAACAAUCACAUAGAUGACACUGCUACUAAUACAUGUGAACCACUCAUUGAUGGUAAAGGAGCUCUAAGAAGAAGUUAAUUUGUUUAGUUUCAAGUACAUGUGGGCAAGUUCUGCAACUGCCUUGUUAACACUGGUUUUAGUUGGUUAACCCCUUUGUGCAUCAUCAAACAUUGUAGCCUAUGUAAACACUGUUUUAUAGCACACUUCUCAAAAUCAAGAAGUUGACCAUUGAGUCUAUCUUGAUCAGAAAUAAGAUAUUAUCUGAUGUAUCAGUUAAAUAUAAUUCAUAUUUAAAUUGUAUUUACUUAAUAAAAUAAAAAUCAUAUAAUCAUAUUUAAAGUUAAAGAACCUAAACAUUCAAGUUAUGUGUACCGUUAUUAUACAGUUCAAUUUAAGACUAGUUAAAACAAAACUUAUUUUUAGACCACACACCCCUCCCCCCCCACCCCCCAUUUCCCAUCUUUUUGCCUACCCCCUUUUCCAGAUAAAUUCUAGGUGAUCACUCAUUAAGAAAUAAGAUAAUUUUAUUAGAAUGUGUAAAACGUGAACAAAAAAAAAAAUAAUUUUUAAACCCCCCCCCCCCCCCCCCCCCCCCCCCAUUUCCCAUCUUUUUGCCUACCCCCUUUUCCAGAUAAAUUCUAGGUGAUCACUCAUUAAGAAAUAAGAUAAUUUUAUUAGAAUGUGUAAAACGUGAACAAAUUGACAAGCUUGGAAGGGGGGGGGGGUGUUACAGAAAAUUUGAAUAGAUGUAUAAAAUGUCACAGUGACAAAUGCCUUAUCAGUAAUAGUAUAGCAUGACCUAUCAACUAUAGUGAAUGAAAGUGGAAACACACAAAAUUGACAGGAGCAUAGAAAUGAAAAACACAUUAUCAUAGACAACACAGUAGCAUAUGUAGUUUUAUUGACGACACAUUAUCAAAUGUCAAUAUAUAUAGACAUAUCAAUUUGUUUUUAGGUUGAAGGUCAUGAGAAGAUGUCCUAAAUCCCCAACUUGUUACUUGUCAUUAUAAUCAAGCCCCAGAAUCACUUUAUUAACAGUUUAAAUAUUUACUAUUCAAUGUUUAGUAAUUAGUUUGUUUUAAGAGUAUUGUCUCACUUGUUGUGUUCACUAAUUCCUUCAUCUGUGUUCAUGUACCCAUAUCAGCACAAAACAUAAUCCAAUUUUUAAAAUAUGUUUUAAGAGUAUUGUCUCCCUUGUUGUGUUCACUAAUUCCUUCAUCUGUGUUCAUGUACCCAUAUCAGCACAAAACAUAAUCCAAUUUUUAAAAUAUGUUUUAAGAGUAUUAAGCAAAGUUGCACAAGUGAGAUGGACGUGGCACUGUUUCAAGAACUCAAUAUUGCCUUAAUGGAUCUACUGCGUCUCUGGUUCACAGUUGGCCUACUAAAUUUGGAAAGAAUUACAUGGAAUUCUUCUUGUGAUCUGGUUCAAAAGGUAGGUUAAAAAAUGUAUGAAGUAUGUUUCAUUUAAAAUAGAUGUUGCAUAAUGUAACACAAAGAUAUGACAAGGAUUAAAUUACAGAAGACCAUAAUUAUUUUAAAUUACUUGUAAAAGUAGUUAGCCUUAUCCGUGAAUUUUCAAAAGAUAAUAUUCUAUUGUAUUAUAGUAAUUUUAGUUGAGGCUUAUUUUCUGAAGCCAUUGGCCAUCAUCUUUUGUCUUUUAACAAACGCUUAUCAAUACUGUUGUAUUAAAAAAAUGUGUUUGUGUCAUGGAUCAUUUCUAAUGAAACUGAUGUGGAUUGUUUGUAAUGUUUAUAUAAUUAUCUUUAAAAAAAACAAAACAUCUGAACUUGUCAGUCAAAUUAGUUUUAUCAAGGACAUAAAGAAAAAAUAGUGAAACAGGUGUUUGUUUAGUCUCGGAUGGGUUUGCUCAGAUGAGUGUGCUCUGAUGGUGAAUCUGCCUUUUUUAAGUCUCUGAUGGUUCUGCUCCGAUAGUGAAUCUGCCUUUUUUAGUCUCUGAUGGGUUUGCUCUGAUGAGUGUGCUCUGAUGGUGAAUCUACCUUUUUUAGUCUCUGAUGGGUUUGCUCAGAUGAGUGUGCUCUGAUGGUGAAUCUGCCUUUUUUAAGUCUCUGAUGGUUCUGCUCCGAUAGUGAAUCUGCCUUUUUUAGUCUGAUGGGUUUGCUCUGAUGAGUGUGCUCUGAUGGUGAAUCUGCCUUUUAUAAGUCUCUGAUGGGUCUGCUCUGAUAGUGAAUCUGCCUUUUUUAGUCUCUGAUGGGUGUGCUUUGAUGAGUGUGCUCUGAUGGUGAUUCCACCUUCUUAAGUCUCUGAUUUGGUCUGCUCUGAUAGUGAAUCUACCUUUUUUAGUCUCUGUUGGAUGUGCUCUGACUGUGAAUCUGCCUUCCCAGGUUGCGCAAUCUAAAGUGUUUUCUUUGAGCAAAUAUCCCUUGGUUUGAGGGAUACUUAUAGGCAAUCUUUGAAAUCUUUUUUUCUGAGCUCAAAAUAAUCACUUCCCUUUUGAUAGUUGUUAUAGCUGUUAAGGCACCCUGGUAACAUGUUCAGCCCAAUUUGGCUUGUCUUUUAAAAAGAGUGUGUGGAUUCUUAAGAAACAUCUAGCUAUAAAACUUCUAUAUCAAGAUCUUUUUCCUUCCACCAUAUGCCAAGAAGCUUGUGUAUGUGUCUAGGGUUGAAAUCAUCAUUUAUUGUUGCUUACCCUUAGAAAGUGCUUAUAAAUAUGUGAACUUUUCCUCUGGAGAUGAUGCCCGUUCACUGCAAUGUGAGGUUCUUUGUAAGAGAUUCCUGGAGCUGGCUGGUGCAGGAAUAAUGAAGAUUUACUGGAACAUUGAACUUAAUCACUCACUGAAAUUUUGAACUACUGACUAUCCUGAGAAUAUUUACUUAAUGAUUCACUGAACUGAAUGGACUUAACAAUAUCUUUUAGGCCACUAUUUCCCUUUAUUGGCUGGAGUGUCAUCAUGGAAAAAUUCUUCUGUCCUUUUUUUUUUUUUUUAAAAAUAAACCAUACAAAUUGUGCACCUCUUAACCACAUGAGAACUUACAUUGAAACAUAUUUCUCUACUAUGCCAUUAAUUUUGAUCAAUCUUCUUGGAAGUUUUUCACCUAUAAUAUAUAUUAUUAAUGAAAAAAUUUUUCUGUUCUUUUUUUUUUUUUUAACAAUAAACCAUACAAAUUGUGCACCUCUUAACCACAUGAGAACUUACAUUGAAACAUAUUUCUCUACUAUGCCAUUAAUUUUGAUCAAUCUUCUUGGAUGUUUUUCACCUAUAAUAUAUAUUAUUAUCCAUAGAUUUUAUACAAUUGAUUUUCUACUUUAUAAGCAAACAAAUGUUUUGAAUGUUUAUGAAAGAGAUAAUGUGCUCUUCUGUUGUUUAAAAAAAAAAAGAUUUCUACUUAUGAAGCAGUACACAGAAUAAAAACAUGGGAAGACAUAAAGAGAAGAGUAGGUCCCUAUAGACGAUGUUACAUAUUUACUCACAACAGCAUGCCAGGAGAGCCUGUUGUUGUCCUACACAGAGCGCUUACUACUGAUAUCUCAUCUAAUAUUCAAGUGAGUUCAUGUUAAUUAAUGAAACAAGUAUGUCCUUAAAUUAAAAAAAUGUCCAUGUCCCUGUGUUAAAAGCAAACAUGCAGAGGCAGCAUACUUAAUGCUCUGCUGUUGUGAUGCUAUUUUUAGAUUUGCCAAUGAGUUAUAUGAUGAUAUUAAAGUGGUAUGAACAAAGAAACCCUGUGAAUGUUGAAAAAUUAAAAAUUUUGUUAAAUGGGUUUUACACGGAAAGCAAGCAUUCAUAUGAAAAUAUCUUAGCCCUGAUAGUGCAGUUUGAACUGAAAGCAAGCAUUCAUAUGAAAAUAUCUUAGUCCUGAUAGUGCAGUUUGAACUGAAAGCAAGCAUUCAUAUGAAAAUAUCUUAUUCCUGAUAGUGCAGUUUGAACUGAAAGCAAGCAUUCAUAUGAAAAUAUCUUAGUCCUGAUAGUGCAGUUUGAACUGAAAGCAAGCAUUCAUAUGAAAAUAUCUUAGUCCUGAUAGUGCAGUUUGAACUGAAAGCAAGCAUUCAUAUGAAAAUAUCUUAGUCCUGAUAGUGCAGUUUGAACUGAAAGCAAGCAUUCAUAUGAAAAUAUCUUAGUCCUGAUAGUGCAGUUUGAACUUUUAUAUACCGGUAUCAAGUUUUACAUCUCACCUCAAGCAAUAUGUAUCACUGAAUGAAUUUAUCACUGUGUGCAGGUGUGAUUGAGAGCAAUGAGCAUUCAGAUAUUAUAUAGUUAAUUCUUUACUGAAAUCCAUCUGGCAGAGAGCUUGUGGCAAAUGGAAUCUUAAGAGACAACAAAAUGUUAUCACGACUCACUGGUGGUUUCAGUAACAAAUAUAGUGGACCUUUUUAGUAUGAGAUGUCAUUGUUUGUACAAGUACAAAUUGAUUUGAGUGCUAGAAUAGAUCAUGCUUACACUAGAGUUUUAUCUAAAGUGGCUAACCAGGAUGCAACUGUUUUGUUUUGAAGUUUCAAGAUGCAAAGUAAAAUAUUUUAAUUAUAGGGGGUUUACUCUCAUAUUUGACUAGGGAAACGGUUCUAUGUAAAAAUCCAGAACUUCUCAUCAAUAAAAUAUUUGUAUACCUAUUGAUUACAGACCAUUAUACCAAAUGCAAGAGCUAGGCCAACAGUUUCCCUUGAAAAAAGCCUGGCAGAUGCAUGCGCUCCAGAAGAAGAGAUUUCCCCAUCGGCCUCUGGCACAGCUGAAAAGACCAAUGACAAUUUAGCCUCACAACACUAUUUUGAGAAAGAAGAACAAGCAAAUAUAAAAUGGGCAAUAUUUUAUUCAAUAACUUCAACACAGAAAGGUAAUAAGACAGAAAGGUAAUAACACUGAAAGGUAAUACAACAGAAAAAAUAUUAAUAAACAAAACAAAAUAUUCUAUAAAUACUUAUGGGCUAAAGUUUGUUCACUUUUCUUAUCAAAUAUUCAUAACAUUCAGAUCAGUUGUUCAAACUUUUUUUAAAUUUAUAGACACUGAGAAGACACAGAAAAGCUACAGUUUGAUCAUGCUGGUAGAAUGCUUUUAGCAAAAUGAACGUAGGUCUCUAGGAAUAGGAAUAUCUAUAGUAAUAGUUGUUCAUCCGUCAAGAUCAGUUAGGACCAUCUAAGUAUCCAUCCUGUUAAAGGGGGUGGGGGGAUCACUGUGAGUUCAUAGUUGGCUUGCUAGUCCAAUCCAGGCUCGGAAUAGUCUCUGGCACCACAGGAUAUCUAACACAAGGUAUCAUGCCAGGGACAUCAUUUAUUCUGAUAUAUUUUUGAACAUGCUAGGGCCGGCCUUAGGUGUAGGGUGUGUGUGUGUGUGGUGUGUGUGUGUUGGAAUGUGUUCUACUUAUCACAGAAUGUAGGAAUUUAUGGGGUGUACCUGUCAAUGUGGGCCUUAAUGGAGAUGCACCUGUGACUGGGGGCCUUUAUGUUGAUGUACCUUUGAAUGUGGGUCUUUAUGUUGACCUACCAGUGAAUGUGAGCCUUUAUGGUGAUGUGCCUGUGAUUGUGGGUCUUUAUGGUGAUAUACCUGUGAAUGUGGGUAUUUCUGGUGAUUUACCUGUGAAUGUGGGUAUUUAAUGGUGAUUUAUCUGUGAAUGUGGGUCUUUAUGGUGAUAUACCUGUGAAUGUGGGUAUUUAAUGGUGAUUUAUCUGUGAAUGUGGGUCUUUAUGGUGAUUUACCUGUGAAUGUGGGUCUUUAUGGUGAUUUACCUGUGAAUGUGGGUAUUUAAUGGUGAUUUAUCUGUGAAUGUGGGUCUUUAUGGUGAUAUACCUGUGAAUGUGGGUAUUUAAUGGUGAUUUACCAGUGAAUGUGGGUCUUUAUGGUGAUUUAUCUGUGAAUGUGGGUAUUUAAUGGUGAUUUAUCUGUGAAUGUGGGUAUUUAAUGGUGAUUUAUCUGUGAAUGUGGGUCUUUAUGGUGAUAUACCUGUGAAUGUGGGUAUUUAAUGGUGAUUUAUCUGUGAAUGUUGGUCUUUAUGGUGAUUUACCUGUGAAUGUGGGUAUUUAAUGGUGAUUUAUCUGUGAAUGUGGGUCUUUAUGGUGAUAUACCUGUGAAUGUGGGUAUUUAAUGGUGAUUUAUCUGUGAAUGUGGGUCUUUAUGGUGAUAUACCUGUGAAUGUGGGUCUUUAUGGUGAUUUACCUGUGAAUGUAAGUCUUUAUGGUGAUGGACCUGUGAAUGUGAGCUUUUAUUUUUAUGGGGCUUUGCCUGUGAAUGUUGGCUGUCAUGUUGAUUGACCCAGCUAUCCUCAACUUUCCUAUUCACACUUCAUGUAGUUUUUUUUUUUAAUUAGUCAUCACUUUUAAAAUAGAUGUAGGCAUUCAUUUAGAUCCACAUGAUUUGAUUGGUUGACUUUUCAAAUGACGUCAGUAAUUUUCUUUUAUUGGGCUGGUCCUUUGUGCUUAAAAAGAAAAUUAAUUUUCUUCAUUGUGGCUGUUAUUUUUCAUAAUAACUGGCCUAAGAAAGUGUAAAAUUGUUGACCGAAACUAAAGAACUCCAUAGUAAAGAUGAGUUACAAGAAGCUUUUUAGAAAAAUGUAUUUUACAACACUUUGAAUGAAAGCAAAUCAAUAUAAUGCGACUAUUCUUUAUUCACAUGCCUUAUUGCUUACUUUUCAUAAACUAAUUCCAAUCAUGAUAUUUCGUUUGAUAGGUUUACAAGGCAUUGAUUUGGGUAAUUACCUUAUCAAAUCAGUUGUGCGGCGGUUGCAAGAAGAGUUUCCUCAUCUUCAAAACUUCUCCAGUCUUUCACCAAUACCAGGAUUCAGGGAUUGGAUAGUUUCUACUCUUAACCACAGGAUUAACCAACACAGUAAGCGUUGAUCAAAUGACUAUUCAACUUUAACAAACAAAUACCCCUUGUUUAAAGUUGUUUUGUAAUUACCCAUAUUUUUUCCUCUAGUGCUGGGUGGCAGAGCGGCCUACACUGACUCAAUCCAAAUAGUUGGUGGUCUGGAGUUCAACACCCACCAAGCAAAAGAAACAUCCCAAGCACUCGGAGUGGAUAGGACUCUUUAGCCUUGGCAACUCAUCUAAGAGAAGGCAAACUCUGAAUUGAAACCAGGAGCCAGAAUGAUCAAUAAAUUGAUAAUGGCCCUUAAAUAUAUAUAUUUUUGUAAAACGCAACUUGUAUUGCCUUAAUCUAAAAAAUAAUAAAUAAGCCUCAGUUAAGGACGCCACAUCAAAGCAUGUAAUUUUUUUUAGAUAUCUGCAAAUCUAAAAAAAAUGCUCCUUUAUCAAAUAGUUUAAGUAGAUUUUUUAGUGUAAAUCAUGAUUAAAAUACAUUUUGCAGUUUGAAGUAUAUUUAUGAUUCACUAUUGAACUUGACCGGCACAGAGUGGAACUUAACAGAUAUACAAUAAGUCUUUGAAAUAUCUGUCAAUGUUGAAUUUUCAUUGCAUGUGCCUUAAGAACUAAUCAUUAUGAGAAAUUAAUAUAAUUUUCCUUUACAGUGUUUUCAUUGUAAAUUUAUAUCAUAUCAGUACUUAAAGUUUUAAAAAUUUCAUUUCCAUAGAAAAAGUAAAUUUUAUUCUCAGGAUUUUCCACAAUCUAUAAAUGUUGUUUAAAGAAUUUAUGUUGUUUUAAAUAUCACCAAUGACUUGACGGCAAUUCCUCACAAUGAAAUAAUAAGUUAUGCUUAAAAAAAUCAGAAAUGAUGUCCUUAGCAUAUCUCAAACAUUAUUAACAUUUUGAUUUGUUUCAAUCUUAGAUUUACGAGAAGAUCCUGGUUUUCCUAUUUCACUACAAGAUUUGGAAGCCCUUGUGCCAUAUCAAAAUGCAGAUCACAAUUCAUUGCUGGACACUUUCAAAGAUCAAAUUUUAUCACACAAAUGGUACAGAGAUCAAACUCUUCAGCGGGUUAGUCAAAACAUUAAAUACUAACGUAUAUAUUUGUUUUUGUUCUGGUUUUUACAGAUACUAUCCUUUUUUUUUUAGUAUAUUCAUAUUUUUUAAUUGCACCAUGUUUUUGUACAUGGGCUUAGUACAUACUGGAAUUUAGAUUUGAACCCUAGACUGUCAAAGUAAUUUUUUUGUACUUUACUUACAGUGCCACAAAGUAACCCCAAAUAUCUAUAGAACUAGGCAAAGACAGUUCAGUGCUUUAGCAGUUACAACCUAUUUUGACCAUUGGCUCCAAGCACUUCAUCCAUUUUAGAAAGAAAAUUAAAGACAUUAAGUUUUGAACAGUAUUUAGAGUGAAUAAUUCCUGAUCCCUGAUGCUUGGUACCUUGAACUUGAAAAAGAAGAUACAAUUAAUAAACAAAAAUAAGUUGCAAUAUACAUAAAAAUAAUGCAAUUUUUCUUUUAAAUUAUUUUUUUUAUGAGUCAGAGCUAAUCAGUGUAAUGUGUGCAUGGACAGAACAUAAUUUUAUAAAGUUAAAGAAGAAAAAAAAUGCAUAUUAAAUUCUGUGUGGCCCUGUAAAAUACAAUUUUGAUCAUAUAUUAAAAUUAUACUGGUAUUACUAUUUAAGCAUGUAGCUAUGUUAGGAGGAUUAUAAAUAUCACACAGAUUAAGACAUUUAUAAAUAUUUAAUUUUUGAAAAAUUUAGACUCUGUAUUGUAAAUUAUCUUUGUUAUUUGAGUAUAUUACUUUAAGGUAAACUUUUAUUCUUAAUUAAUAACUUAUUAUUAUCUUUUUUCUAAGUGUUCAACAAAAUUCAAAUCAUUAAUUAACCUGGAUUGUAUUUAGAAGGCAUUUUAAAGCUUUGUGCAUUACCCUUUACAUUUAUAAUGAUUUAUAAAUAUAGGCUUUAAUGUAUUAAAUUAUUUUAUAAAAUAAAUUUAAUUUCCUAAUGAUCUGGUGAUCUAAUGUUACAAAAUGUUAGCAACAGUGAGUUUUUGUAUGGACAUUAUUGAUUGCCAUGAUUAACUCAUUUACUAAUUUUCAAGUUUUAUAUAAAAGAAAAUUAAAAGUAAUUUAUAAACACAAUUUAAAAAUAAACAGCUGAUUUCUUAUUGAUAAAAUUAAACUGUACACUGUAAAUGGUUUCCUUGGUAAACAUUUUUGUUGCUGUUUAUUCCUUUUUUAAAACAAUCGGUGAAGAUGUACAAAUAUUUAAAUGGAUAUAGUGCAUGAUCAAAUACAGGAGUAUCUUAACUAAUUCCUGCUAUGUUGUAUAUUAAUUAUUUAAGUUUUUUUUAAACUAAACAUUUCUAAGAAAAUUUGUUAAAUAUGUUUUUUUUAUUACAGAUUAUGAUGAGUCCACUAAUGAGAUUAUGUGCGAAUUAUUUAUACAUUCAAAAAAGGAGAAAUUAUGCCUUAAAUCCAGUGGGUAAGUUGUUUGUUCUCCACAAGAAACAUCUGUUUGUUCUUCAUAAGAAACAUCUUUUUGUUUUCCAUAAGACACAUCUAUUUUAGUCAAACUAGCAGGUUUACUUCAGCACAAUUUAAAUUGACGAAAUCAAUUAUGAAUUUUGUGAAAAUCAGGAUGAAAAAAAUGUCAACAAAUAUCAAAACCUUAAAUUGGCAGCAUUAAAAAAAAAAUUUUGACCAAAUAAAUGCUUACACACUUUAGGAAAAACAAAUGGCAUAAAUGAAAUUUAUACUGGAGCUCAUUGUCAACCAGAAUUCAGGGAUCCGCUGAGAAACCAGAUUCAAUAUAGCAUGGUCUAUCUAAUAAUUAAACAUAAUUAAAUUUAUGUCUUCUCUGUAAGCCUGUCAGUGAUCAGCAAUAGGCCAAAGCCUAUCAGUAAUAGGCCAAAACCUGUCAGUAAUAUGCUAAAGCCUAUCAGUCAUAGGCAAAACCCUGUCAUUAAUAAGCCAAAGCCUUUCAGUAAUAGGCCAAAACUGAUAAGAUUCAGAUAGGUUCCUGAUACUUUACUUGUUAAAAAGAAAUGGUUAAAAUAUUAACAAACUUGAUUUGACUUUCCAGCCAAUUUCCACUUAAGCAAUGGAGCUGUUCUAUGGAGAAUUAAUUUUCUAGGGGAUACAUCGAUCCGAGGUCUGAAUCAAUCUUGUGGAUUAAUGGUUAAUUACCGCUACUUUCUUGAUUCAACUGAGGCCAACAGUAGGAAUUACCUAGAAAAACAACAGAUUAGAGCAUCAGCCGGAGUGUUGAAGUUGUUGGAGAAAUAAAUGCGGUGUGCAAUUAAAUAGGAUGAAAAUUUAGGAGGUACCCCCAAAUUUAAAGUAUUGAACAUUAUUUUGCCAUAUGCUAAAAAUCUUCAUAACUUUUAUUAGGUACUCUCAAAUGUAAUUUUUGUUUCAGCCAUUAUAUCAUGAGAUUUUAAGUUAUAUUUUAGGUUUCUACUGAUCUGUUAGUGCUCUUAUCCAUGUUUACUUAGGCCUAAAAACACUACUAUUAAAGCAAUUUUUAUUUUUACUAUUUCAAUUCCAUUUUAAAGGAGGCUUUUAAAUAAUCAAUUCUUUACAAGUGUAUAUGUAGUAGCAAUCUGUUCAUGAAGCUAGUUUGUCAAUUUGUGCAUCUCUGUAAUUGUACUAAGACUUUAUUUCAAUAAAACCUCUCAAUUCCUAUUAUGUUAUAAUCAACAGUGACACAUUUUGUGUUCUUGAUAUACAAUGUUUAAAAUAAAAAUGAUUACCGUAUGACUUUUGCUGUGCGGCAUAUAAAAAUUCCAUAAUAGUAAAAUAAAUAAUCAAAAUUAAGUUAUUAACGGGCUAAAAACAUGUUAUUGUAAUUGAAUACUCGGACCAAAAAAUUUUUAUUUUUUUUAAACCUUCAGAUGAUCCUAAUCAGAAAGACAAAGUGCAUGAUCAUUGGAGGUACUGUUUGGAGUCUGAGGGACUCAGUACAUCUUAGAAUCAAGAUUAGGACCUCAAUUAAACCAAAUAAUUGCAUUCAUUACAUUUGUCAGUGAUAUAUACAUAUAUUUAAGUAUAGUUAUUACACUAAUUCAGUGGUACUCACCAAGUGGGUAUGGACACCCUAGGUCGAGUAGCAAAAUACACAAAUUUGAUUGGUUGUUUAAAAUGUUAAUCUAUUUCUUAUUUGUAACACCUUUUGUUUUAUAUUUAGAAUUUGUUGUGGGUUGUAACAACUUUACAAAUGCUAUCAAUGGGUCGCUGUGAUAAAAUGCUUGAUACCACUGCAAUCAUUUAUUAAAUUAUGAAAUUGUCUGGAAAGUUUUAAUAAUUGUAAUCCUCAAAUACAUAUCAAAUCACAUUUCAUAACUGCGGAGCAAGUAUGCAAUGUAUAAUCUAUGCAAUCUAUACUCUUGCCUUGUGUUGUCCUCUUGCCUUUUGUUGGGCACUAGCCUUGUGUUGUCCAUUCGCCUUGUGUUGUUCGCUAGCUUUGUGACGUCCACUUGCCUUUUGUUGCAGACAUUUUCAUUCUGUUUACAUUUUUUACUUCUUGUUACCAUGCCUAGUUAUGGCUGUAAUUUAACCUUAUUUUGGUUUACAUACGAAAAAAAAGUGUUUGAAUGCUUUUAUACAAGCAAAUACAAUUGAAAUGACAAUUGUUUUGAUUAUUACGCAUUUUCCAUAUUUCUCUAUUAUUAGUUAAAGAUAUUUGGGCCUUCAUUCAUAUUGGGGAGAGUGAAGAAAUUAUUGCAAAAUCGAAAUUAAUUUCAUGAUGUUAAAUGUGUAGAAAAAAUAGGUUUUAUUUUAUUCUAAAUUAUAAAUGCAGAA